CUCCCAACCUCCCUCUUUCCCUCCCACCAACCGCCUUCUUUCCGCCCAUAUCUCUUUCUCUCAUUCCCUACCAAUUCUUGGUAAUAAUUAUAUAAAAGUAAAACUAACACCACAAAACCCAACUGCCCUCUUUCUUCUUCGCCCCCUGCCCAAAAGUUGACAAGGAGAGGAAGACGAGGGAGGGGGAGAGAUGAAGAUGUCAUUGCUUCAGAACCACAACAACCGCCGCAUGGCCACAUACCGGUCGUCGCCGGCGUUGUCGGACGGCGGUGGCGCCGACGGCAUGGGAAAGUCCCCGGCCAGCUGCUUCUGGCUCCUCCUCCACGGUCUCUGCUGCCUCAUCAGCCUCGUCCUCGGAUUCCGCUUCUCCCGCCUCGUGUUCUUCCUCCUCUUCUCCACCACCACCCUCUACACCUCCGCCCCCGUUCUCCGCGCCACGACCACCACCACAACGACCACCACCACCACCACCCGUACCGAGACCCUCACCCUCUCCCUCCCCAAUCACCCGCCGCCGCCCCCGCCGGCGGUCCUCUCCGUCCCCAACCGCACCCGGAGUCGGGUGGUCGUCGGUCGGCACGGGAUCCGCAUCCGCCCCUGGCCCCACCCCAACCCUGCCGAGGUCAUGCGGGCCCACCACAUCAUCGACCGAGUCCAGCGCGAGCAGCGGCUCCAGUACGGCGUCAAGGCUCCCCGGCCCCUCAUCGUCGUCACGCCCACCUAUGUCCGGACUUUCCAGGCCCUCCACCUCACCGGCCUCCUCCACUCCCUCCUCCUCGUCCCCUACCCCGUCACCUGGAUCGUUGUCGAGGCCGGCGGCGUCUCCAAUGAGACCGCCGCCAUCCUCGCCCGUUCCCAGCUCCCCAUCCUCCACAUCCCGUUCCCCGAGAAGAUGCCCACUAAGUGGGCCGAGCGCCACAAGAUGGAAGCUCGGAUGCGUCUCCACGCACUGAGAGCGGUGAGGGAACGGGUACUGGAUGGCAUUGUGGUGUUCGCUGACGAUAGCAAUAUCCACAGCAUGGAAUUCUUCGAUGAGGUGCAGAAGGUGAAGUGGAUGGGCGCAGUCUCAGUUGGAAUUCUUGCCCAUUCUGGGAAUUCCGAGCCGGCACCUGAUCGGAAAUUCAGUGAGGAGGAGAAGGAGAACUUUCCUGUACCAAUUCAAGGCCCUGCUUGCAACUCAUCGGGUCAGUUGGUCGGCUGGCACACCUUCAACUCUUUGCCAUACAGAGAGAAGAGUGCAACUUUUGUUGGCGAAGCAGCGACGGUGUUGCCGAGGAAGCUGGAGUGGGCUGGGUUUGUGUUGAACUCGCAAUUGCUGUGGAAAGAAGCAGAUGAGAAGCCUAAUUGGGUUCGGGAUCUCGAUGCCGUAGGUAAAUAUGGAGAGGAGGUUGAGGACCCACUCGCUCUGUUGAAGGAUGAAUCCUCUGUUGAGCCUCUGGGAAACUGUGGGAAGAAGGCCCUGUUGUGGUGGCUCCGUGUCGAAGCCCGGUCAGACAGCAAGUUCCCACCAGGAUGGAUCAUAGAUCCUCCUUUGAAAGUCACUGCCCCUGCAAAGCGUACUCCAUGGUUUGAUGCAUCAUCACUUGACCUUCAAUCACAAACAACGACCAACAAAGAUCAUGUGGAGGGGUGGCCUUCAAGAAUAAGUAAAUCACAGAGUUCUCACAAUGAAAGGAAGCAAGAGUCAUGGGUAGAUAAACUAAUAUUUGGAAUGACCCAGAGGCAAGCAAAAUAAUGCAGCAUCACAGCAACUGUUCAUGCUCAACAGAAGAUUAAUAAAGAGAUUUGAGGAUUUCAGCAUUCAACAGCCUGUUUUCUAUUAUCGCGGUUGUCUAUUAUACUUGGUUGAAGCUAUCAACUGGUGGAGCCUACAAACAUGUGGCAUAUGUUCAAUUGGCAGAAUUUGUAUUGUAGAGGUCUGUUCAUUAAAUUUUGUUAAUUCAUUCUACUUCGACUCUCAGGUCUUUGAUGUGGUUUGACUAUGAAUAUAUACUAGGGAAUGUAAUGUUGACAUGAAAUGUGGUUUGUUUAUAGGAUUCAUGGAACAAUUUUGGUUCUGAUACCAAAUUUGUGUUCAGAUAAGAAUCUUAGCAUAUUUCUGCU